AAUCAUAAUGCUUCUGGGAUGAAAUCAGAGAGGACAUUGUUGAGGUGGUUCAAGAAUAAAUAAAUAAUUAUAAUCUUGGAAGAUUCUUCUAGGAAAAGAAUCUGCCUCAACAACAACAACCCCUUAAAUCUUAGGAUAACAUGGGGUUGUCGUCUCUGAUUGUAUCUAAUAAUAAGAAGCAUUUUGUAGUUUUGUUCACAGGUUUAGUAUUAAUCUUCAAGAUAGCUUUAAUUACAGCUGCUAAUGAGGAUAGCCAGAUUUACACUGUGCAUUUGGGUAAGAGGCAACAUGAUGAUCCUGAUCUUGUAACUGAAUCACAUCAUGAUAUUCUCGGACCGCUUCUUGGAAGCAAAGAAGCUUCUCGUGAGUCUAUGAUUUAUAGUUACAGACAUGGUUUCUCAGGCUUUGCAGCGAAACUCACAUCAUCUCAAGCAAGAGAACUUUCAGAGCAUCCGGAUGUUGUUCACGUAACGAGAAGUAAGAAUAUGAAACUGACAACAACAAGGGUCAAUGAUUACUUGGGACUCACUCCAACCGCUCCAACUGGUCUUUUACAUGAGACUGAUAUGGGAAGUGGAGUAAUUAUAGGAAUCGUGGACUCAGGAGUAUGGCCAGACUCACCUUCAUUUAAUGACAACGGUCUUGGACAGAUCCCGAGGCGUUGGAAGGGACGAUGUGUUUCAGGAGAAGGGUUCAAAGCAUCGAGCUGCAACAGAAAGUUGAUUGGAGCUACUUACUACUCAAAGGGUCUCAAGGAAAUGUACAAUGGAAUGCUCAACCUUACGGAGAAAGACGAGGUCAUGUCCCCUCUAGACAAAAUCGGCCAUGGAACCCAUUGUGCAACGACAGCCGCAGGUUCUUUUGUCCAAGACGCCAACUACCUCGGCCUAGCUAAGGGAACUGCGAGAGGCACUGCCCCAAAGGCCCGUAUAGCCUCUUACAAAGUGUGUUGGAACAACAUAAAGUGUUUCACACCAGAUAUUAUAAAGGCCAUGGAUCACGCCAUACGUGAUGGUGUCGAUGUACUAUCUCUCUCGGUCGGAGAUGAAAUACCGCUUGGUUUUGAAGUUGAUCGGGAUGACUUUGCUAUCGCUGCUUUCCAUGCUGUUAUGAAAGGAGUUCCGGUAGUAGCUGCCGGAGGUAACGACGGUCCCGAUACUCAAACAAUCUCUAACAUUGCUCCGUGGAUCAUAACUGUCGCGGCUACAACCAUGGACAGAGAAUUCUUCACGCCCAUCACUCUUGGAAAUAAUAUAACCUUACUGGGACAAGAAGGUGUAUACACUGGAAAAGAAGUUGGAUUCUCUGAGAUCAUCAACUUCGAGGACCUGACAAAGGAGGAUCUUACAGCUGGUAUAGCUAAAGGAAAAAUCUUGUUUUCCUUCAUAAGAGGAACACUUGCAGAAAAUUUUGGGGUUGCUAUGCAAAAAGUAGGCGCUGUUGGCCUUAUUAUUGCGAUAAAACCAACCGAUAGUGUUGUAACCGAAAAGGCCGAUAUCCCUGUUGCCUAUGUAGACUACGAACUUGGGAUGGAUAUAUUAUUGUACAUGCAAACAACCAAAAAGCCUAUAGCUAAGAUCAGUCCAACCAAGACGUUCGUUGGCAAACCGUCAGCUACUAAGGUUGCAGGAUUUUCGUCUAGGGGUCCCAAUUCAAUAUCUCCUGCUAUUCUUAAGCCGGAUAUAGCAGCACCAGGUUCAGGUAUACUCGCAGCCAUGCCAUCAUGGUCAGGAUACGAAUUCCUGUCAGGAACAUCUAUGGCUACACCUAUCGUGGCCGGAAUCGUCGCACUUCUUAAACAAAACCACCCUGACUGGUCUCCUGCUGCAAUCCGAUCCGCUCUCGUUACAACUGCAAGGCAAACCGACCCAUCGGGAGAGCCUAUUUCAGCCGAGGGUUCCCCACGCAAACUCGCUGACCCAUUUGACUACGGAGGCGGUCUCGUCAACCCGAUGAAAGUAGCCGAUCCGGGACUUGUCUACGACAUGGGAGAAAAUGAAUAUGUUCAUUACUUGUGCUCAGCAGGCUACAACAAUACGUCCAUCUCAAAACUACUUGGAAAAAUAUACACUUGCCCUUUCCCAUUUCCAUCAAUGCUUGAUGUCAACUUGCCAUCCAUCACAAUCCCAUAUCUCAGUAAAGAGAUCACCAUCACUAGAACCGUGACUAAUGUUGGACCAGUUGGUUCAGUUUACAAAGCUGUGAUCCAACAGCCUCAAGGUAUUAACCUCCAGGUGAGUCCCGAGACUCUUGAAUUCAGCUCCAACACCACCAACAGGAUUACGUUCACGGUCAAAGUCUCUACUACUCAUAAAGCGAAUACUGAUUAUCACUUUGGGAGCUUGACUUGGAUCGACAAUGGAGGCCACAAUGUAAGAAUACCACUUUCUGUGAGAACAAGACUUUUGCACUACAAGAUCUAACAAAAUUAUUAAUGUUGUUAUAGUACCAAUGAGUAUUAUAAUUAGAUUUUUAUCAAAGGCAAUGUAAAUGUGAUAAGAAGCCCUUUUUUACACUGUGUGUCAAAUUGGCUCUUCCAUUUCAUGAUACAUCUACAUCUACAGAAAUAAAUGAUGAUAUAAAGUUUUA